AUGGAUUUGAAAGCAGUCUUUGCGACUCUCUUGCUUUGGGCUUUCUCCUCUGCACAUCCUAGCAAAGCUCCUGAUGCUUCUUCAAUCGCGGCUCAUCACCGUGUCCUCAAAAAUUGCGGACCCAAAGUUGCAGAUAUGAAAGCUCGUCGAGCCCUCCAUCGUCGUGACCUGUCCGUCGAUACCAACGCUGAUGAGACUCUAUAUACUAUUCAUGCUGAAGCCCCAAAGUAUGACUUCAUUAAAAAUUGGACCAAUAUUCUCACUCCAGAAACUAGCAACGGACCAUAUUUCUAUCCUCGAAGCCAGACCCUUCGACAAGACAUUCGCGAGAAUCAGCCAGGUGUACCUUUAUCUUUGGAGAUUGGCGUCAUUGACAUUGACACUUGUGAGGCGUUGGGCGAUGUCCUAGUUGACAUUUGGCAUUGCAAUGCUACGGGCUCUUACAGUUCUUUUACAGGUCUCUCUCCUAACACGCAGUUCUUGGACCUAUAUGCUGAAAGAACGGGAGGCGAGACCAUUGAUCUUCAUGCUGGACUUCCAGAUCUUUCUUGGCUUGCUACCGAUAAUACAACUUUCCUUCGGGGGAUGUGGCCCACCGACAAGCAUGGUGUCACAUCUUUCACCACUAUCUUCCCCGGGUUCUAUGUCCAACGUGCCAUCCAUAUCCACGUUCAAGUCCACACGAACUGGACUGUACAAUCUAAUGGUACUAUCGUCCGUGGACCGAUUGUCAGCACUGGACAAAUCUUUGUCGACGAAGCUCUCGAAGAGCGGAUCAUGAGCCUUGAACCUUAUUCGAGCCACACUCAGAUCGAGCGUGUCAAGAAUGACGAUGACGGAAUCUACACUCAUGAGUCUGAAACGGGAGCAAUGACGCUGCUAGAUACUGAGCCUCUUGAUGGCGACAACUAUGAGAAUGGCGUUAUAGGAUACAUUACACUCGGAAUUCAAACGAAUAAUAUCAGGAAUGGGUCCACGAUUGAUGCCAUGCCUGACGCUAUUGACCUAUGA